AAAGCACGCUUGACGCUGUGUUAUCUUAUCAGUUAAAAUGAUGCCUCCACAAACUACAACAGUACGGCACUACCCAAUUCCAGUACCAAAUUUCAUUUGUAUCAUUCGUUAAGUGUAAACAUGAAAAGUUAAAAUAAAAGUAUUUAUUUUUUGUUCUGAGUAUCAUAGAUAGCAUAACAAUGGUUGUAUCCGAUUUGUAAGUAUCCUCAUAUUAAUUAUUGUACUCUCGAUUUCCACCAUUCUUUAUUUCCAUUUUGAUUACACAUAUCCAAUUUGUUUAGUUAUUAAGAAUGUAUUUUCAUAUGAAAAAAUAACAACGCUCAAAACAUUACAUUAAUUUUAGUUUAUAGCUAUUUGUUAAUUACGUUUUUAGUACGAAAUUUUGGUUUUGAAGUUUGGAGUUGUUUGUAUUUUUUGGAAAUGAUUCUCGGCACAUUUGAUAUGCAUCUAAUACUUAUAUUUUUGUAUCUAAACAAACGUUUAAAAGUGACUUAACAAUAAUACUUAUAGUUUUUGAAUCAAUAUCAUACAUUAUUUCCAAAAACAGCGAUUGCUGCUUUCCAAUAUUAUAUGUUUAUUUUCAUUGAAUUUGAUUUUAUUACCUUGAUACCUAGUUUUAGUUGCAAUAAAACAUUAACAAGUACAUGUUUAUUAAUUUAAUUUAAUUAAGUCAAAAGUGAUAUUUCACUUAUUAAUAUGUUAAUGAGUUUGUAGUUUUUACAGCAUUUUUUAACAGAAAGUUUCUCAAUAUUAUAAACAAUAAUAGAAUAAUAAAGCAAAAACAAAAUUAUUAAAAUGGUUAAUAUGAUGUAUCAACUAUGUACAUCAUUAAAUAUAAAAUAUUAUUUUAGAAUAUAUUAUAAGUUUCUUUCAUUUAAUUCAUGAUUGUGUUUAUUACACAUUUACAAUGGAAGUAAUUUAAAGACUGUAUGUCUGUUGUUAAACACUACACAUUAUAUUAUCUAACAUAUUUAGUUAUGAUUUAUGUUAUCCUAUGAAACAACUAUUCAUAGGUGCUUAAUAUUAUUAAAGGUAAAGCAAUAUUUAUUUGCAGAUUGUUUCUUUAAUAUAUAAUAACUAAUAUAUUUUUCUCUAAAAGUAUUUAGUUUGUACAAAUAUGAUUAUCCUGGAUUAUGUUUGUUGAUCCUAUAAAUUAAAAUUAUGCAUUGAAUGGUACAUUUUUAUCUGGUAAUAAAUUUUAGAUUAAUAUUAAUAUUUCAAUUUAUAAAGUUAAAAUUUUGAUUUACUAUAUAUUUACAUUAAUUAUAUGAAAAUGAUUUAUUUCAAUAUAGUUAAUAACUACUUUUUAAAAAAUCGAUGUUUGACAUUAAAUUAAAUUAAAUCAUAAUUUCUAUUAAAUAGUUAUUUGUUUUAAAAAUUCAUACAAAAUACUUAAACAGGUUUAUCAUAUUCAUUUUUUGUACCUAUUAGUUUCAGAGUAUAUUAAACUUAUUUAAUAAGUAUUUAUAAUGAAAAAAUGUUAAUAAAAAAGAAAGUGUAGGUUUCAGUGUCAUACUUUUUGCAAUAACUAGAGGUACUUAGUUUAAUUUUAUAUACUAAAACCUAAUGAAGAAAGGAAUUUUUUUUUAAAUUUAGAAAAUAGAACUAACUAAACUAAAUAAUUAAUGACAAUGGUGAAAAUAUAAUGUAUGGUAAAUAAUAAUAAUAAUAUACUCACAAUUUGGAUAUGCAUCAAUCCAUUCUUUGUCAGUUUUAAAAUGCUUUAGUUUUUUUUUCAAUUGUUCUAGACCUAAAAGCCGAAAAGAAAAAAUGGAAGGUGAUCAGUCAGAUAAAGAAAAUAAAAGAGAAGAACAGAACAUCAAAAAGAAAAAGCGUAGUCGAUCAUCAAGCAGUGGUUCGAGUAGUAGCCGGUAAGAUCUAAUAUAUUUAUAAUAUAUAUUUUGAAAUUGUAUAAUAAUGUUUUAUUUCUUUCAGCUCUUCGUCGAGUAGUUCACGUUCUGGUAGUGGUUCUUCAGGAUCUAGUAGUCGUUCAAGCUCAAGUAGCUCUGGUUCUAGUUCUCGUUCAAGCUCGAGUUCAUCAAGUUCAAGUAGUUCUUCAGGUACUUCUACUGGACGAGCUAAAGCUAAAGUAAAGUGAGUAUAAGUAGUUAAAUUGUAUAUUAGUUUAUUAUUUAGUAUAUUAUUUUAUUAUAGUCAUAUUGUAGAUGAUAUUUAUAGUUUGUUGUAACCUAAUUUUCAUAUUUAAUAUUAUAUUAUUCACAUAUCCUUAAUAUGGUUAUUUAUAAUUUUUCAAAUACAUUUGUAAUAUUAAUAUUUUUACCAGUCUACUAUUAAAAACACAAUGGUAUGUUUAAGUGAUUAAUUUAUUUGUUGUAUAUUUGAGUAAGAGAUUUUUUUUUCUUCACUUUAUCAAGUCUAAUUUAAUUUACAGACAACCUAGAUCAAAAAGCGGAAGUAAGACUAAGAGUAGAAGCCACAGUCCGAGAAAAUCAAGACGUGAUGAUGAUGAAAAAGUAAAAAAAGCUGAAAGUAAACCAAGAAUUUCUAGAAAAUCAAGGUAUGUAGUUAUAUUGAAAACUAAACAUAAUUUGUAAUACUACUAAGUUCUUUUAUUAUAUUUUAGAUCAGGUAGUCCAAAACGUCGUAAGAAAGAAAGAACACCUACUCCAAAACCAUGUCGUAUUCAUGUUGGUCGUUUGACUCGAAACGUUACUAAAGAACAUGUUCAAGAAAUCUUUUCAGAUUUUGGUACAAUAAAAGAAGUCGAUGUGCCUUUGGACCGGUUUAAUAAAUUAUGUAAAGGAUUUUCUUAUAUUGAAUAUACUACUCCAGAAGAAGCUGAAAAUGCUAUGAAACAUAUGGAUGGGGGUUAGUGAAGAUUUUUUUUAUAGUAUCCAAGUAUAAUAAAUUAAUAACUAUGAUUAUCAUUAUAUAUAAUAGGUCAAAUUGAUGGGCAAGAAAUAACUUGCGCACCAGUAUUAAUGCCACGUCCUGCUGUGCGUAGAAGUCCUAUCCGCCGUGGUGGCUGGGGUGGAGGUGGACGCCGAAGAAGUCCACCGCGAUACAGACGUAGAUCACCAAUGCCUAUUAAACGUCGCUCUCCUCGCCCACGUAGAAUGAGAUCUCGUUCUCGAUCUCCAAGAAGGCGUAAGCACAGUCGUUCUGGAUCUAGUAGCUCGGCUUAAACACCAAUAAAUUGUAAUCUAUAAUAUAUUACAAUUUAUUGGGAAAAGCAGACAUACUUAUGCAUAAUUUUUCUUUUUACACAUUAUUAAUUCCAUAUUAUUACUAUUCUGUACACAUCUAGUUACAAUUUUAAACAUUUGUUUUUAACGUAACAAUUUGUAUUAACAUAUUAUUUCUUAGAAUUUUGACAUCAAUAUAUUUGUAUAAGUAUGUAUUGAAUUUGAAUAUUUAUUUAAAAACAGUUUCUUAUUACUGUAAAAACUUUUGACUAUUUAAUAUUAAUUAUAUUUUAUUAUAAAAUGAAAGCGGUUAAUUUUAAAAUAUACUCAGAAUAUAAACAUUUUCAUAACAGUAUUGCAUACACAUUCAUAAUUUAAUAUUAAACUAAUUAAUAAUUAAAAAUAAUUAGUAGUUGAAAAAAAUUUGUUUUCAAAUUUAUACGAUUUAAUCUAGUAAUUAGAUGUAAACCAAUAUUUGUAAAAUUCUUCAAUGUUCUUAAUAAAUUACACUGAAUUAUACUUAUGCUACAAUUUCAGUAUUCACAUUUAGGACCGCUUUCACUAUCAUAAAUGAAGGUUUUUAAAUAAUGUUUGAAGUAUUUAUGUUGGUAAAAGUGGCUCUCAGGGUUUGGUUAAUGUUUCCCUUAAAGAUACUAAUUUCUAAAUUGAACCAUAUUUGGGAAAUUUUUUUUUUAAUAAUAUAUUUGAUUAGAUAAUUUGAUACCAACCAAGUAUAAAAUAAAUUUAAAUAUUGACAAAAUGCUAUAUAGGGCAUACAAAAAAAUUAAAGUAAAUAAUUAGUAUCCUUUUAAUAGUAUCAAUAUAUUAAUAUAUAUUAUAAUAAUAAUUAAAAUAUUACUGUACAAAUAAUAUUUCUUUUCAGAUGUGUGCUUAUGGUUUGAUAAUAAAUAGUUUGUGUAUAUUACUAAAAUACAAAGUACAACCC